GAAAUUACAUCCCACCACUCUAGCGAAAAACUACGACUGCCCCGCCCCCUUUUCUAGUCUAGUCUCUUCCGUCUUCCCAGCGUCUUCCUUCCCAGAUUCUCGCGAGAUCUCAGUUCCUCGGUUCCGCUUCCCAUCCCCAGCCGCGGAGGCGUCUUAAUCUCUGGGGGCAACGAGAUGGCUGCUGUGACCGUAUCCGAUUCUGAGAGGCUCUUCUCCCUGGAACUGCUGGUGGACUGGGUACACCUGGAGGCGCGGCUCCUCCCGCCUGAGGACCAAGAGGAGGCCGAGCCGCUCCCGUCCAGUUUUCUCCGUCUGGCUGUGGCCUUCCGUCUUCUGGACUUCCCCACAUUGCUGGUGUACCCUCCAGGAGGCCCUGUCGCUCUUUCCCGUGGUUCCAGACCUGGCUCGUUCCCUUUCGGCCGCGGCAAGUCCUGCCUUUUCCGCUUGGGUGCGGCCACCCUGCAGCGUCUGUUGGGCUUCUCACCUCUCUAUGCGCUGCUCCUGACAGUGCCCCCCGGGAACCCAACCCCGGCUCCAAAGCUGUUGGGCAGCUGCAGCAUCUCACUGGCCCCCGCAGCCCGAGGGCUCAUUGGAGGAGAGGCGAAUGGGCUCUCUACAACGGGAGCUUCCCAGGGCCACCGAGGUCUUUAUAUCCUGAGAGACCUAAUGGGGGAGCAAAUUGGGCAAAUUUACCUGGGCUAUCGCUUGACUGAUUUGGGGAGUACUUUGCUGGGCCACAUUCCCCCAAAGACACCUGUGACCUUACAGAGGGAGGGGGAGAGCAAUGCUGCUGGAGCUCUGGUCAGUAGGGUGGAGGAAAUGAGGACAAAUGAGAGUGUAUCUCCAGCCCCACAGGAGAAACAGCCAUCUCCUCCACCAUUCAUAAGCUUUGCUCAAGUGGAGCCAGAGGAUUUAGAAGAUUUGGAAGAACCCAAGCCGCAGGAUGAUGUAAUUGAGAUAGUUACCUGUGACAAAACUAAACCAAAGCAGCAGGAAUAUGUGAUUAAGAUAGUUAAAACUCCCAGUAAAUGCAAGAGAAGUGAUAAAGAUUUAGAGUUGACAGAUUCUUCCCAGUCAGAGAUUAUGGGAUUAAAUGAAGUUAGAGAAAACAUUAAUGCAACAAAUCAGGAAGUCACAGAAUUAGAACUUGAAACUAACAUAAUUUGCCCACCACCUCUGUAUUAUUCUCAUCUGGAGCCAAAAAAGGUCCCUCCAGCUAAGGGCAGAUUCAUAACUGUACCUCAAAUCAGUGUACCUAAAGAAUCAGAUGAUGUGGUUCAGGAAGAAAUAGCCCCAUGCCCCAUGGUAAGGAACCAUGAGGUACCAUCAGAUCAGAAUCAAACUUCAAUGGCCCAAUCUCAUCCUGACCGAGGUGAAUUUUUUGAUCAAGAUAAACUUGACACAAUAAGGCAGCUGCCUCUAUUAAAUGCUUUGUUGGUUGAGUUAUCUUUAUUAUAUAACCAGCCCCUUGCAACUGCUACUGGUAUACACCCUCACUUAGCCUGGUUAUACAGGCCUGAGGAUGGGAAGGCUCCAGAACCUUCCAAAAAUGCUACUGGUAAAACUGAAGAAGUUGGAGACAAGUUUUUACCCAGGGAAAAAGAAAAGGACUUAAAUCCUCAAUUAACAAGCAACCAGGUUGAACACAGUCUCAAAAAAGAAGUGUGUUUUGAAAAAAAACAUAGCAUCCCCAAAAAGGUAGUUCAAAAAAGAAAGCUGUUUUAUGGCCUUACAAAUACACUCAAACUCCGUUUAAAGCGUACAAACCCAGCCAUGUUAAUACUACAUGAAAAAAGAGAACAGUAUAGAAAAAUGCAAACAGAAAUGCCAGAAACAGAAAAGCUUAGGCUCCCAUCAUCUAAAGAAAAAAGUUAUACAGAGGAGCAUGGGGAGCCAAACACACUUCCCAGCAAUCUGUGUUCUACUUCAGAUGUUCUUGCUGAAAACAUUAAAAGUUUAAAGCAAAAUGAGGUAGAAUCUGAAGGCCAAAGCUUUACAAAAGAAACGGAUGUUUCAGAAACUGGAACUGAAAAGGAGAUAAAUAUUGAAGUCAAAAUAAAUAAGGAACCAGCUAUAGAAAAAGACAAUGUGAUAAGCCCCAUUUUAACGAAGAAGGUCACUCCUACAAGUGUUUCAGAACUAUUUGAGAAAGAAGUAAAAGUCUGUCAUCUAGAUAUUGGCUCAGAGCAUAGUAGAAAAGACAAUAUUGUAGAUUACAGUAAUGGAGCAAGUGACAGACAGGUUGAAACUGUGGGUUCCGACUUUCAUUCUCUUGAUUCAGAUGAUAAUAAAUCAAGUAAAAAUAGCUAUUCUGAAAGUGUACUAGAAGUAAAGUAUUCUGAAGACUUUACUAGCCCUUGCUAUUCUGAAGAUUUCUCCAGUGUUGAUGAUACUAUUGGAAGUUCUAGAAUUCAUGAUAGCAUGCCUGAACUGGAAGCAAAUAACCUCAGUUAUUCUUAUUUAGAUACUGAUGGUAAGUCUAGUGAAUCUAGAACAUCUAGAAAAAGUCAUAAAAGUGAAAUUAAUUCUAUUCUUACCCCACCUUUUUCAGCUGGCUUGCCAGUGCAUUCAUAUAAAAAAUCUCAUCUUUCAAAGUCUCAGGGCAAAAGUCUAGUAGAUGCAAGUAAUAUCUCUAGCAGUGACAUCUCUUCACAUUGGAGUGAAAGGAAGAAAAAACAAAAUGAUCAAAAUAGCAUUCAUAAUUCUGAAAUGAGUAGUCAAGGGAUUGUUGAUAAAUCUAAUCCAAGAACUGGUCAAAAAUCUUUAGAAAAAAGCCAGUCCCUGAGAACCUCCCAAGUGAGUUCUUAUUUGCCAUCUAAUGUGUCUGAACUAGAACUUAGUGCUCUGGAUAGCUUUACUUCAGAUCAGUUUGAAGAAAAUGAUGAACUUGGCUCACUAAAUAUUUGCAAUCAGUACAAAGACAUUUGUGAGUUAGUAAUAAAUAAGCUUCCUGGGUAUACAGUGUAAGAUUGGAAUUUUUUCAUAUUUAACGUUUUAAAGAUGUAGUAUAUACUGAAUUUUUAUAGCAUUUAUAUUGCUUAUUUUUAUAUACAAAUUAUGUGAAUACAUUCAUUAUGGAAAUGCAAAAUAAAAUUUUGCUUAUAUACCAUGCUGUUACUGUUCAAAAUCAGUGUUCCUCGAGAAGUAAUUUGGAGUAGGUCAUGAAACCAUUAUAAGCCUUAUAAGGUUUUGUGUUUAGAGGUAUAUAUGAAAAGGUACAAAGGAUUUAGAAAUUGUUCAAUGAACUAUCUAAAGCGUCCAAAGAAGUUGGGAAUAAAAAGCAAUGCUUAUGCUAGGGGGAAGAAAAGAGAGGGUCCUAUGAAGACAAUUUUAAAUGGUUAGAGGAGUUGUUUUUCAUUUUGGGGCAUCUCCUUUGUAUUCAGGUUGCUGUUCUAACCAUUAUGAGUGAUAUAAAGACAUAAAAUGUAAUCCCUAAAUACAAUGUUAUUGUAUCCUAGUGGGUGUAAUUACAAUUUAUAUAGAAAACAGGCCUGAGGAAAGGGAGUAGGCAUAAAAUAUUCCUCCAAAGGAAAGAUAAAGCCACUGAAAAAAUUAUUAUUGAUAAGGAACAAAUAUUUGGACUACUAAUAUAAAAAUGUACAAAUUGUUUUAUUUUUUCAUUUUUGCUUUGUUGGUGGAGAGCAAAAAAGCAAGGAACAACAGAGUGAGGUUUGAAGACAGGUCAUAGCUAUGAAGGAAGCUUUAGGAAUAGGGACUUCAACUUUAAAUGACAAUCCAUAUAUAUGAAAGAGAAUGUGGACCUGAAUCAGAAAUAAAGCAAAAGUUAAGAAUUUCUUAAGGGAACUGUGAAGGGAAAGGAUUAAUGAUAAAAUCUUAAAGACUAAUAAAAUAAGUAUUGUAUUGAAUUGUAAUAUUAUAUCUUAAAUUUUGUGCCAUACCUGUAUCAUCUUAGCGAUAGGAAUGAGCAUUUCGUGCUUUUGAUGGAAAAUUCUAUUAUUUAUACUAUAUGUUUGGAUUCAAAGGCUUCAGAUUCAAGCCUUAGAUCUGGUACUUAUUACCCACGUAAUUGUGGGUAAGUCAUAGAAUCAUAGAUUUAUUAGUCCAAUCCCAUCAUUUUAUACAUGAAGAAGUAGAUGUCCUGAGAGUUUUAAGUGACUUGGUUGAUGAUGAUGUAUUUAGUGACAAAGAUGAGGUUUGAACACAGAUAUCUGACUUCAAAUAUAUCGGAGGCACCAUCCAGCUGUAAAUCCUAAAGGAUAGUUAUUAUAAAAGAGUGCUAUGAGGCCCAGUUUUCUGUGUGUAAUGGGGGAGGCUUGUCUAUAGAUACUGUCAAUUACUGAAGUAUGGACUGGUAGCAGUUUGCCCCAAUUACUUAUAAAGUACAACUAAACAAUCGCAUUGGUGCUAUCAAAAUCUUAAGUGACAAAAAUAGUGUUAUAUGUGCUUAUCCCUAUGUAGAUCUGGGUUGGAGGCAAGGAUUUAGGAUUUAGGCUUAAAUCUACCUUCUUCCAAAUAGGAACAGGAAGUGUUCAGCUCUCCCAACUCGCAACCCUCCCCCAACAAAUUUACCUUUUGUUAUCUUAAUAUUGUUUAUGAUAAAAAUGACUUUGGAGUUGGAGAACUUGUGUUUGAAUCAUUGUUCUACUAUGACCCUGGAUAAGUCACUUAACCUCUAUGGAUCAUAGUAUCCUUCUCUGAAAAAAUGAAGCAAUUGUACUAGAUUACUUCUGAGGUUCUAGAAAUAGUUUCUAGAACAAUUUGCUCAUUUCAAAUGGAAGGUAACCAUUAAGGACCACUGUCUACAAAUAAGUAGGUUGAGAAGAUAUAGGGAGGAGGUGGAAUGGGAGCUUUGCCUAAAAAACAAAACAAACAAAAAAAAACAACUGAGUAAAUACCACUACUAGGUCUGUAUCCCAAAGAGAUAAAAAAGAAUGGGAAAAGAGGUAUUUGUACAAAAAUAUUAAUAGCUCAUCUUUUUGUAGUGGAAAGAAUUAGAAACUAAAGAGCUGUCCCUCAGUUGGGGAAUAGCUGAAAAAACUGGUAUGUGAUGGUGAUAGAAUACUUUUAUGCGACAAGUAAUGAUGAACAGAAUGAUUUCAGAAAAAGCUGGAAAGACCUACAUGAACUGAUGCAGAGUAAAAUAAACAGAAUCAGGAGAACAUUAUACACAGUAACUACAAUGUUGUGGAAUGAUGAAAUGUGAUAGACUUUGCUACUAUAACAACAAUACAACUUUCUAGGACAAUACUGACAAAGUUAUGAAAAAGAAUGCUAUCCACCUCCAGAGAAAGAACUGUUGGAGUAGGAAUGUGGAUAAAAACAUGAUUUAUUACUUUUUUAUUUGGGUAUGUAUUUUGGGGUUUUGGUUUUAUAAGAUUAUUCACUUAUAAAAUGAAUAAUAUAGAAAUGUGUUUUUAGUGAUAAUAUAUGCAUAACCCAGAUUGAAUUGCUUGUCAGCUCUGGGAGAGGGGAGGGAAGAAGGGAAGGAAAUAAUAUGGAUCGUAUAACUUUGGAAAACUUAUCUGGAAAUUUGUUAUUAAAAAUUUUUUUAAGGGAGUAGAAAUUGGAUUGUUUGUAGAGGGGAGGAAGAAAAAAAUUUUAGAGGAGAGGAGGAAAUUUUAGAACAGAGGAGAAAGAAAUCAAUUGUAACAAAGGCACAGAAGUAUGACUGAUCCAAGUAUAUUGAUGGGAUAGAGAGUAGAGUAGUUUGAGUGGAAUGUAAGUUCCCUGUUGGAAAAUACUGAGAAGUAAAUUGAACAGAUAAGAUACAUCAGCACAAACUAAAGAUGCUUGUCUUCAGUGUGGGAAAAUAGACUUGAAAAACAGACCAUUUGAGUGAAUGAAGCAUCUCCCCACUGGUUGCACAACUCUGCACAGAAUCCCUUUGGGACUCCCCCCCCCAAAAAAAAAAAAAAAACUAUUUUCCAUGCUUCUUGAACUCACAAUUAGUAAAUCGGUUGGUACUUCUGGUUUUACCUUAAUGGCACCUGACACCAUGUCCCUCCCUCUCUGCCCCACCCCCUGCUAUGUUACAUGGACAGAUUUCUGGAUAAACCACAGCUUAUACUUGUCUCACAUCCUGCUUUGCCCUGUACUUUGUCCUCCAUGCUUCCAAGUUCUGUCACUUUACCAAUUACAAGCACAAGCUUUUGAAGUCAAAAGUCAAACUUAGACUUUGUGAAAUGGAAUUAUUUUAGGUUGUUGACCAGAGGAAGCAUAGCUAAAAGUGAUAUUGAAGAAUAAUUUGACCAAGAUAAAGUAUUUUAUUUAAAAGUGGGUUAGAGAGACAAAUUUUAGUAGUAAAAAAUGAUUAUGAAAUACUUUCAUUUUUGUUGUCUUCAUAUUCUUUCCUUUAAAAAGUGUAUCAUUCUCAUAAAAUAAGAAUAAAUGUCAAAUAACAGUUAUGUAAAUAUACAAAUAUAAUUCAAUUCAACAAACUUACUAAGUAUUUACUAUGUGUAACAAAUUACAUUGCAAUUAGUGGUUAUGUGACCUUGCUAAUAUUUUCUCUUUUUUAAAAAAUCCAUUAUUCUGAGUAUGUCCAUAUACAAAGAAUAGUAGAUAAUAAAAAUUACAAAUAAAACCUUUAAACCUCUGCUUUAGGGGCAGCUAGGUGGCUCAGUGGAUUGAGAGCCAGGCCUAGAGAUGGGAGGUCCUGGGUUCAAAUCUUGCUUAGACACUACAUAACGCUGGGCAAGUCACUUAACUCCCAUUGCCUAGCCCUUACCGCUCUUCUGCCUUGUAACAAAUACACAGUAUUGAUUCUAAGAUGGAAGAUAGGGGCUUAAAAAAAUCUCUGCUUUAUUCAAAAAUAUGUUUGUAUAAUAAAUUCAAUGUUAAUAUCAAA